AAAGAGGCUUCUCUACAUGAGAAAUCAUAUUGAAGAGAAAGAUCAAGAACUCACAAUAAUCUUUGUUUCCAUGGAUCAAGAACAAGGGAAAGGGCGGUAAGAAUCGCAAGAGAGGGAAGAACGAUGCUGUUUUUGAUGAGAAGCGUGACCUCGUGUUCAAAGAAGAUGGGCAGGAAUAUGCUCAGGUUUUGAGGAUGUUGGGGAAUGGCCGAUGUGAAGCCAUGUGCAUCGACGGCGUCCAGCGUCUCUGCCAUAUCCGUGGUAAAUUGCAUAAAACGGUCUGGAUCGCCGCCGGUGAUAUCAUCCUCGUCGGUCUCCGUGACUACCAGGACAAAAAGGCUGAUGUAAUCCUGAGGUACUUCGCAUAUGAAGCCCGGUUGUUGAAGGCCUAUGGCGAGCUGCCGAAUAGCAUAAGGAUCAAUGAGGGUAUUGCUGGUGAGCUGCCGGAUAGCACGAUGAUCAAUGAGGAUAAUGGUGAUUACAUUGAGUUUGAAAAUCCGGAGACUUCGUACGUAAGAGAUAAGGAAUAUAUGAACGUCUUCGGAACAUUUAAUGGCAAGGAAUUUGAUCUUCUAUUAGCUAAUGGAAUUAAGUAUGCGGAUCUUGUCGAGUUUUUGACCGACGAGAUUAAAGUCGAUAGAAAGACUUCUUGCUUGAAGAUAGUUUAUGAUGUGGGUGAUAACAUGGCUCCUGUGAAUAUAACAAAUGACAAUUCACUUAUGUUGUAUAUGGAGCUAAAGAAGAAGGAUCCUCGUAUUACCGCAUAUGCACUACACGUUGAAGUAGUGAAAAUGUCGAACUAAAAUUCGGAUGAAGUUCAACGCCCAUGCCCUAUCCUCGAUGGGAACCUCAUCUAUUGUGUAUACAUAUGCAUCCUUCAGGUACAGUAGUCCCAACAAUGCAGGGCUUUGCAACAAUAAUGUAAAUAGUAAAUCAGCCACCAGUUGAUCUUGUUUCAUAUUAGGGAUUUCGGCUUGUUUUCAAACAUUUCAAGGUAAUAUCACGUCCCCGAGCAUGAUAUCAAUUUGCUGCA